GAGGCCAAAAACUGGACUAAAACCCACCGUGAUUUUUUUUGUUUUUGGACCAUUUUGACGUCGCCCACCGUGCGCGGUCGUCGUCGUUGCUUCGAGACCUUUCAGGAAGACGAGACGGAGCGGAGGGCAGCGAUGGAUGUGGCCAAACUGUUUGACGAUCUCGAAUCAAACAAUCUCGAACGAGUGGAUGAAGUGAAAAGAAAGUUCCAAGAGAUAUUUACCUCGACGAAGGAAUCAUGGUUGGCGUGCAAUAUGAUGGAAUACUUUGGCCAGACGUCCUCCGUGCGGAUAGUAGAUAUACUGGUCAAGGUGCAACAACCACACGAUAAGUACAUUUUCGAUAAGCUCUCCGAGUGGAUCCGCAACGGCAGCACUAAAGCGCUUGGCCUCACACUGUUUGGCCACAUCAUCCAGAAGCGCCCGCUAUGGCUGUACAAGGUGGGAACGCAUCAGCUGGUGAAGGACGUGCUGAAACUGUCCAAACUGGAGAAGGAUAUCACCUCCCUGAUCAAUGCGGUCCUGUGCAUCAUCGAUCUGCUUCCGGUGAUUCCGCUGGCCAUGGGCAGCUUUGUGCAGGAUCUGUUUGACGUUUUCAACUAUUUGGCGACGUGGAAACAAAACGAGACACAGCUCCCUGAAUACCAGCUAAUACACCUACAGUUUGGUUUGUAUGAACUGUUUACCCGUUUGUACGGCAUGUAUCCGUGCAAUUUUGUGGCCUUUCUGAAGCAGGAGUACGCUUCGGGCGGUAGACAGGCCGUGUUUCAGCACACAAUCAAGCCGCUGCUGGAUACGGUUAAAAUUCAUCCGCGCCUGGUUCUAUCGGAUCGUGACAGUGAAACGAGUCAGCAGCGAUGGAAGAAUAUGGAACCGCACGAUGUGGUGAACGAGUGCGCACGGAUGUCGCUGGAAACGCACGAACCACAACCCCUGGACAGUCAUUCCCAGCUGAUGGCACUUGGGUCGGGAAAUUCAGAGUGUCCGUGCUACAUGACACCCAUCAAGCCGUACGAGUACACGGCGGGUAGAGCGCUCGAUUUCCCCUGGAAGGCCAAUGUGAACUUCUUCAACACGCUAUCGCUCGAUCAGCAGCUGUGCACAAUUACGGCGCAGAAUUCGUUUUGGUCACCCAACAGUAAUCUCAUGCAACCGACGCCUCCGCCGACCAGCACCGUGCCUCACACUCCGAUACCGACUCCCAGCUAUACGAUUCCGCAGCAUCCGGCCCCGCAACCAGCGGCUGCUGAUGGAGCGUCACCACCGGAGGCAGCCGUGGAAGCAACCCCUGAAACCACGCCAAUGAAAGAUCUCAAGCCGAGCACGAACCGUCCCUAUCCAACGUCGGUUAAGCCCGUUACGGCCCGAGCCAUCUGGACACCAUCGCAACCGGCGUCCCCGAUCAAGAAGGACCCCAACGGGCAGUCACAUUUCAAUUACGACUUUCCCCUACCGGUCGUCACCUCGAAGAAGCUGCUGCGGGUGCUGAACGAUCGGAACCAAUCGAUAUUGCAGCUGUCGAGCACCAGUGCUGUCACCACAGUCGGUAGCAACAGUGUCACCACGACAACGAUGACGGCUACUUCGACCAACAGUAACAGUGUCCCGUCCAGUCCGCUGCCUAUCGAUCAACCAUUGCAGCUUGCCGGUGCCACUGUUAGUCGCAACGAAUCCCCAAUGGUACCGAUUGUCGGCGGUGGUGGAGCGUCUCGUACCGCGAAUGAGUUCAGCCAGGAGGAUCAAGAAGUGAACGAUAUUAACACACCACACAUGCAACACUCUCAGUCGCUCCCGGUGGGCACUACGGUGCCGAUGCGUGAAUUCUACGGAGACGAGGACCAGGAUCAGGGAGAAGGAUCGCCAUGUUCGGCUGGUGGACUGCACUUCAAGAAUUCGCAAUCCGUGAUCAAUUAUACGCGGCGUCGGCUGCACAGCCAGUGUCUGGUGGAUUCGGACCCGUACUACAGUACGGGCACCUCGCCUGCCGAUACCAGCGGUAACUAUAUGCGCAAUGGUUCCAACAUGGCCACACAGCUCUCCGUAGUCAAUUCUGUCUCGCCGCUUGCCGUUGGUGAGGGGCUUGGCAACCAGCAUACAGCAAAUGUUCUUCUGCAACAGCAGCAGAAGCCACAUCAGGAACAGCCACAGCAACAACAGCCGCACCUGCUCCAGCAGCAGCAGCCACUGCAACUUUCUAACCGUGGUAGCGAUGCGAUUUACAGCAGCGUAGAGCAACAGCAACAUAUAACGCACUAUCAGCACCAGUGUCAGCAUCAUGUGCAUCUGCAUCAGCAGCACAGUCAUCAUCACCAUCAUCACCACCACCAUCAUCAUCAAACGAGUGUAUAUCAGCAAGGACAGCGAAGGCAUUCACUACCGGAUCUCAAGCAUUAUACGCUGAAGGUUAACCCCACCAAGCUACUAUUGUUCAGUCCUGGCAGCAAGCAGCAGCCCCCUCAGCACGCGGGGUUGCCAAAUGUAGAGAAGAAUGGUGCCGCAGAGA